CACGCCGUGAGUGUGUUGACGUUAUUAGCACGGUCUUUAUGCGGAUGGAGGAGCGAAAUAAUUGACAAUAAACACAUAUCGUGUGCCUCCGAAAAAGUGAAGGCGGUUCAUGCUGUGGUUUAAGACAGUUUAUGUUAUCAAUGAUACAGUUAUCCCGGGAGGACGUCGUCUGAAGCCUCGCGGUCGCUGACAGCUGUCUCGAGUCGGACAAAUGGAGCAUAUCCGAACGCCGAAGGUGGAGCAGGUGCGACUGUUGGAUCGCUUUAGCAACAAAACCACAAAUGGCACACUGUACCUCACGGCUACACAUCUCAUCUUUGUGGAGAGCAUCUCUAACAACUCAGCGUCUGCCGGACAAGAGAUCUGGAUUUUGCACCACCACAUAGCGUCUGUGGAGAAGCUCUCCCUGACCACCACAGGCUGUCCUCUGGUCCUCCAGUGUCGCAACUUCAGGGUGGUUCAUUUUGUGGUGCAGAGAGAAAGAGACUGCCAUGACAUUUACAGCUCGCUGCUGCGACUUCUGCAGCCUGUAUCAUAUCAGGAGCUCUAUGCAUUCUCCUACAACCCCAAACAGAAUGACCAACAGAGAGAGGAAGGGUGGCAGCUCAUCGACCUGGGAGCGGAGUUUGAGAGGAUGGGCGUCCCCUGUGACCAGUGGCAGCUCACCGAUGUCAACAGAGACUACAAGGUGUGUGAGACAUAUCCUCGAGACCUGUAUGUUCCCAUUACAGCGAGUAAACCCAUAAUUGUGGGGAGUUCCAAGUUCAGAAGCAAAGGACGAUUUCCUGUGCUCACAUACUUCUACCAAGAAAAGAAGGCAGCCGUGUGUCGAUGCAGUCAGCCUCUCUCUGGGUUCAGUGCGCGAUGCUUAGAGGAUGAGAGCAUGCUGCAGGCCAUCAGCAAGGCCAAUCACAACAGCCGAUUUGUCUACGUUAUGGAUACCAGGCCGAAGUUGAAUGCACUAGCCAAUCGAGCAGCAGGUAAAGGCUACGAGAACGAAGACAACUACUCCAACAUCCGCUUCCAGUUUGUCGGCAUUGAAAACAUCCAUGUAAUGAGGACCAGUUUGCAGAAACUGCUAGAAGUGAUUGGGACUCGCUCUCUUUCCAUGAGUGACUACCUGGUUGGCCUGGAGAGCAGCGGCUGGCUGCGACAUAUCAAAGCCGUUGUAGAUGCAGCCAUAUUUCUGACCAAGGCGGUGACAGUGGAAGGAGCCAGUGUGUUGGUUCAUUGUUCAGAUGGAUGGGACCGAACAGCCCAGGUCUGCUCACUGGGAUCUCUGCUUAUGGACCCUUACUACCGCACUAUCAAAGGCUUCAUGGUACUGAUCGAGAAAGACUGGAUCUCCUUUGGCCACAAGUUUGCUGACAGGUGUGACCAGUUGGAUGGGGAUCCAAAGGAAGUGUCUCCUAUCUUUACCCAGUUCCUGGAAUGUGUCUGGCAGCUGACAGAGCAGUUCCCACAGGCGUUUGAGUUCAGCGAGUGGUUCCUGCUACAGAUCCAUGAACACGUCCACUCCUGUCAGUAUGGAAACUUCCUUGGCAACAAUCAGAGACAGAGAGAAGAGUUGCAGCUGAGAGAGCGGACUCACUCGCUGUGGGCAUUUCUGAUGAGCGAAAGACAGAACUACUUGAACCCAUUUUACAGUCCUGCAUACUCUGAAGCGCAUCCUGUGUUGGCGCCUUCUACUCUGCCCUACAAUUUCAAGUUCUGGAGGAACAUGUACCACCAGUUUGACCGUUCCAUGCAUCCGCGUCAGUCUAUCCUCAAAACCAUCCUGACUCUGCGAGAGAACAGCCGUAAGGAAGAGGGCACACUGCAAGCACUGGAGAGUAGACUCCAACAGCUUGGCGUGACCCCCAUUGCGACCUCCGACCCGCCUGCACCUCCUCCCACUAGAGAUCAGCGCUCCAACUCCAACACUCUCCCGCCACGUCCUGAUUCCCUCAUUCUGGGGGCACCCAUCAAUCACAAAGAAGUGCAGCGACAGGAGGAGGAGGAUGAGCAGGAGGAGGUGGGCGAAGAGGCCACAGAGAGCACCGACACGGAGCGGACAGUAGAGGGCAGCAGUGGCACCGAAAGCAGGAAGCAGAGCUAUGGAGAACUGGAAGGGACUUACAACACAGAGUUGGCCAAAGAAGAGCCAGCUGUUGUCAGUCUGGAGUUUGGAGUGGCACGCAUGACCUGCUGAGACCAAACACGAUGAUUGUUGGGUAGUGAGGCGUAAACUGAGUGAGAGAGCUUACUGAAAGUGUGUAUGUGGCAAGGGGAAGUUGUCGUUCUGUGAGUGAUGACGUGUUGAUUACACAAUGGUCCUGAAUGGGCCGAGUGGAUGAAGUUGUAUGUAUAGUCUAAAUUUCAAUGGAAAGCCUCAUUAUUCUGUCAUAUACUGCACCUAUAGGGAAGAAGCUUGUUUUUUUUAUGAAUGUUGAAAAGCACUAUAAAGAAUUAAUGAAUAGAAUAAGAGAAUAAAUUCAUCCAAAAAAAAAAA